AUGAAUCAGGGUGGUUGGAGAAUGGAAGAAGGAUCAUCGGAGGAAUGCGGCUGGAAGGUGAAAGGGCGCCGGAAUGUGGCGGAAGAUGAUUCGCUGGAGAAAGAAGAAUUUUUGAGCUCGUGGAGAAGAAGCGGCGGCGGAUAUGAACUACGUAUUAGAGACCAUUACAGAGAGCUCACUAAGGAGCAGAAUCUUGGUUAUGAAGAGGAACAACUGGCGAUCAUAGAUACACUAAAUGCAGAGCAGAUGGCAGAUUUCGAGGAGAUAUUUGACCAUGUUAUGAAUGGCAAGGGUCAGGUUGCAAUGACCAAGAGACAGUGCGUUGAGGCACUAGAUAGGUCAUUGCGAGAUAUAAAGGAUUGCAUGCAACCAUUUGGCAGUAAGGUCAUGUUGUUUGGAGGCGAUUUCAGACAGGUUCUUCCUGUCGUGGCUCGUGGUAUAAGAGCACAGAUAACUGAUGCUACUUUUCUCAAGUCAUACAUAUGGGAAAGUGUUCGGUGCAUCCAGUUGACCCAAAACAUGAGAGCACAGUCCGACAUGUGGUUUGCAGAUUAUCUGUUGAGGAUCAGUAAUAGCACUGAGGAAACAUUUGGCAGUAAGUAUGUGUUGUUGCCUGAUUACAUUUAUAUUGAUAGCCCUUCAGAAGAUAUUUGUAUAGAUACGGUCAGUGAUCGUGUAUUCCUGGACCUGCCCGAUAAUCGUAGAUCAGCAUCCUACAUGUGCAAGGGUGCUAUCCUUUCAACAUGA